AUGUCCUCCCAUAGUAAUCAACAGCAGCAACACCCGCUCCACCCACAACAACAACAACAACUACGAAAUGACAGUGUACCGCCCGUCCCCCUCCCACCCAUUCGAGAAGCUUGUGCUGGCACGAUUAGCUUCCAACAAAACAAAAUCGCGGACUAUGUCGUGUUACCUCCACUGACACCUUCGCCGCUCACUUCAGCGACGACGCCGACAAAUACUGUUGCUAAUACGACGACGACGCCGACAACAAUGACGCCAACGCCAAGUACGGUACCACAUACCAUAAUCAGCGGGACCGACGAUCCAAACACAAAUGAAAGUCUAACCGAGGCCGUGGCGACAUGCACACUCUUAUGCCAAGAAAUAGAGCAACUUCGACGUGGAUGGACAGAGUGGACCGUGCAAGAUCGAGAAACAAACUUGAAUCAGUUGUCCAGGGCUGCACAAGCGCUUUUACAUACAUUGAGAAAAGACACGCAGCCUGACGAGGAUGGGAUCAUGUCAUCAUCGUUCAAGGAGCAAGCAAACUUAGCAUCCGCAUCAUCAAUAGCAUCCACAUCCGCAUCAUCAACAUCAGCAUCAGCAUCAGCAGUAGCAGCGACUUCAUCAUCAUCCGUACGCGGCGAACCCCUGUCAACACAACCAGAAUAUGUAAUGAUCCGCCGGGCACGGAACUUGCAGGAUUCAAUCGGCAACAAAAAGACAACAAUCGGUCAACGAUGUCAUUCUUGCCACACUAACGAAACGCCCGAGUGGCGCCGAGGGCCAGACGGCGCAAGAACACUGUGCAAUGCGUGUGGUCUCCAUUACUCCAAGCUAGUGCGAAGAGGAUCGUUGACGGUUCAGCAUAACUAUGCUAUUGAAGAUACACGCAGUGGCAGUGAUCGAUCUACACCACCACCGCCGUCGACUGCAGCAGCACCGCCUCCGCCACGUGUUAUUGAAUACCCUGUUCGUGAUAUAUCUCCAGCACGCCAACAACACUCGUCUCAAUCCCCAGACAGAGUUGGACUUGCCAUUGGAAUCAGCAGCAGCAGUAGUAGUAGUAGCAACCUAAUAUCCUCUGAUCAUCAACAUACACAUCAACAGCAUCAGCAGCAUCAGCAUCCGCAUCAUCAUCGGCAGCAGCAGCAACACCCCCAUCAUACCUCAUUCAUCAACUACGUGUCAUUACCACCACCACUACCCGCAGAGCAUCGUCCAAAAGACGAUCCACCUUAA